AUGACAGAGCCAUUUAAUUUUGAGGAAAAUGAAAGCAAGCUUCCACCGCAUGAGUCUUUAAGAAGUCCCGGAGGACCUCCUAACCAUCCUAAUUUCCGGUUGAAAAGCCCAGAGAAUGGAAAUAAAAAGAAACAUUUUUUGCUUUGUGAGCAAACCAAACAGUAUCUGGCUAGUCAGGAAGACAAUUCAGUAUCUUCAAACUCUAAUGGCAUCAGUGGAGAAGAGGCUGGAUCCAAAGGAGACAGGACAAUGCUGCCAACAGGUAACUCUGUGUCACCAUUAAAUGUUGGAAAUAAUUCACCACCCAAAGAAGUAAAUAGUAAGACUAGCAAUAAUGUGUCUCCUGCAAAAUCAAAAAAAGUACACAAGUUGGUUGAGAGUUCCUUGUCCAUAAAUGAUCCAGCACUCUUCAGCUCAUUAGGACCUCCUCUUCGAUCGACAACUUGCCAUCGCUGUGGUCUGUUUGGGCCGCUGAGGUGCUCACAGUGCAAGCAGACGUACUACUGCUCUGUCGCAUGCCAGAGAAGGGACUGGGCAGCCCACAGCAUCGUGUGCAAACCCGUUCAGCAGAAUUUCCACAAACUUGAAGAUAAUAAAUCACCUUUUGAAACAAAGAACGAAGUGAAAAAAGAGAGUGACUGUCCUCUUGGAGUUACUAAAGAAAUAGCCAUUUGUGCUGAUAAAAUAAUGUUUUCUGAUUUGAGAAGCCUACAACUCAGGAAAACCAUGGAAAUAAAGGGUAUAGUUACUGAAUUCAAACACCCAGGUGACUUUUAUGUGCAGUUACAUUCUUCAGAAGUUUUAGAAUACAUGAACCAGCUGUCUGCGAGCUUAAAGGAAACAUAUGCAAAUAAGGCACGUGAAGAAGAUUAUAUUCCUGUAAAGGGGGAAGUUUGUGUUGCCAAGUACACUGUCGAUCAGACCUGGAACAGAGUAAUAAUACAAGAUGUUGAUGUGCUGCAGAAGAAGGCACAAGUCUUACAUAUUGAUUAUGGAAAUGAAGAAAUAAUUCCAGUAAACAGAAUUCACCAACUAAGUAGAAAAAUUGACUUGUUUCCUCCUUGUGCCAUAAAAUGCUUUGUAGCCAAUGUUAUCCCAGCAGAGGGGAAUUGGAGCAAUGAUUGUAUCAAAAGUAUUAAAUCACUGUUAAUGGAGCAGUACUGCUCUCUAAAGAUUGUGGACAUCUUAAAAGAAGAAGUGAUUUCCUUUGCUGUGGAUGUUAUGCUGACAAGUUCAGGAAAAUUCUUAGACCAUGUGCUCAUAGAAAUGGGAUAUGGCUUGAAACCCAAGGGACAAAAUUCUAAGAAGCAAAGUGCAGAUUCAAGUGAUCUUGAAGAUGUCAGGAAAAUCACAGCUGAAAACAAAAUUGUUGUAGACAGAAGUGGCCUAAUUCCCAAAGUGUUGACUUUGAAUGUAGGUGAUGAGUUUUGCGGUGUGGUCGCCCACAUUCAGACUCCAGAAGACUUCUUUUGUCAACGACUACAAAGUGGGCAUAAGCUCGCUGAACUUCAGGCAUCACUUAACGCGUACUGCAGUCAAGUGUCUCCACGCUCUGAUUUUUAUCCAACCAUUGGUGAUAUCUGCUGUGCUCAGUUCUCUGGAGUAAAGCCAUCAUUAGGAAUUUGGACUCCAGAAGCUAUUUAUCUGAUGAGAAAAGUUGUACAGAACAAAAUGAUCACAGUGAAAGUGGUGGACAAGUUGGAAAACAGUUCCCUGGUGGAACUUAUGGAUAGGUCUGUGAGGCCCCACAUCAGUGUCACCAAAGUCCUCAUCGAUGCAGGCUUUGCCGUGGGGGACAAGGGGGUAGUGACAGAUAAGCCCAGUGACGUGAAAGAAGCCAGUGUUCCCUCGGGUGUAGAAGCAGAAAUCAGUCUGUUGAAGUGGACGUGGGUUGAACUUGCUGUUGAUCAGACAGUAGAUGUUGUGGUCUGUGUGAUGUAUAGUCCUGGAGAAUUUUACUGCCAUGUGCUUAAAGAGGAUGCUCUAAAGAAACUCAGUGACUUGAACAAAUUGGUAGCAGAAUAUUGCCAGCAGAAGUUGCCUAAUAAUUUUAAGGCAGAAGUAGGGCAACCUUGUUGUGCUUUUUAUGUAGAUAUACAGCCUAGAAACAAACACUGGACCAGAGAAGCCAUAGCAAGAUUUCAGACGUGUGUCACAGGGAUAAAACUCCAAGCCCGAGUGGUAGAAAUCACUGAAAAUGGAGUGGGAGUUGAACUCACCGAUCUUUCCACUUCUUAUCCCAGGAUAAUUACUGAUGUUCUGAUUGAAGAACAUCUGGUUUUAAAAGCUAGUUCACCAUGUAAAGACUUAGUGAAAAACAGUCCUGUUAAUAAACGUGGUCUUCAAAUUGAUGCCCCAUGGCUUCAAGCCACCUCUUCAGCUGAGCAGUGGAGGACAAUAGAAUUGCCAGUUAAUAAAACUGUACAGGCAAGCAUAUUAGAAAUCGUAAACCCAAACUUGUUUUAUGCUCUACCAAAUGAAAUGCCAGAAGAUCAGGAAAAACUGUGUGUAUUGACAGCCAAAUUGUUAGAAUAUUGCAGUGCUCAGAAAAGUCGAUCGGCCUAUAGACCAAAAAUUGGAGAUGCGUGCUGUGCCAGAUACACAGGUGAUGAUUUCUGGUACCGUGCCAUUGUUCUGGGGACGUCAGCUGCUGAUGUGAAAGUGCUCUAUGCAGACUAUGGAAACAUUGAAACUCUGCCUCUUUGCAGAGUGCAGCCAAUCUCUGCCAGCCACCUGGAGCUUCCUUUCCAAAUUAUUAAAUGUUCCCUUGAAGGACCAAUGGAAUUAAAUGGAAGCUGUUCUCAAUUAAUAAUAGAACUACUGAAAAAUUUAAUGUUGAAUCAGAAUGUAAUGCUUUCUGUAAAAGGAUUUAUCAAGAAUGUCCACACAGUGUCAGUUGAGAAGUGUUCUGAGAAUGGUACUAUGAAUAUAGCUGAUAAGCUGGUGAUGUAUGGUCUGGCGAAAAACAUCACAUCUAAAAAGCAAAGUGCUUUAAAUAAAGAAAAGGUGAACAGGAUGAAUUGCUGCUGCACAGAGCUACAGAAACAAGUUGAAAAACAUGAACAGAUUCUUCUCUUCCUCUUAAACAAUCCAACCAAUCAAAACAAAUUUACUGAAAUGAAAAAAUUGUUAAAAAGUUAA